AUGAUUCCACAAGAGCAACAGAUUUUGAAUUAUAUGAUGAAUCCACUAUAUUACGAUCCAUUGGUGCCAUCGAUUGAAUGGGGAAAAGCACUACGGAUCAAUAUUACACUCAACGCGUUGAGGCUUGUUUCACUGGAUCAACAAGAAGAAACAAUCGUUUUUCAAGAUGAAUUCAUUGCGAUGUGGUUCGAUCCAAAUCUCGGGUGGGAUAAGAAAGAUUUCCCCGAUUACCUGGCUGAUUUUGUGAAUGUCCCGUAUAAACAAGUCUGGAUACCGGAUCUUAUUUAUUACAAUACAAUUGAUCAAGAAAAAGUGUUGCUUGAUGAGUGGACAUUUGUCAAUGUGAGAUAUGAUGGAUGGGUGAGAGCCUCAAUGACGGCUACUCGAACGCUUCCAUGUGAACUCCAUCUAGCGGAUUUCCCAUAUGAUCGACAAAAAUGCGUCUUGAUGUUGGGCUCUUGGACUUACGAUGACAAUUUAAUCCAACUCCACCCAACUGCCACUGAAUUUGAGGCGGAUUUAGGUGUACUAGCUGGAGAGAAUUCUGGUGUAAUCUCUUAUUUCGGGAAUUCCGAAUGGCAACUAAUCAAAAUCGAUGCAUAUGAGAAACGGGAGAUUUACAUUCAACCAGCCGGUGACUGGAACUAUUCCCUCAUCUAUUUCAACCUUCACCUUGAGCGCAAACCCGUUUAUUAUGUGAUGAUCAUUCAGAUCCCAACGCUGAUCGUCGGUGUGUUGACGAUUCUCGGCAUGUUCACCCCAUUCAGUCAACGAAUGGAAAGAUGGCAACGAGUCGAACUCGGAUUGAACAUGUUAUUGGCGAUCUCAAUGCUCUUGAAUUUGCUCUCGUCAAUGAUGCCGAAAGUUGAACGAUUGCCAUUGUUGGGAAACUAUAUUGUUGCUGAGAUUUUCAUUUGCUCCAUUGGCACAGUCGUUUCAAUUACGUUGCUGGAGAUUCACGCACGAGCAGAUCAAAGAAAUUGGAGACCACCAGACUUUUUUUGCCGAUUUCUGCGUCUCUCGUGCACUUCAGGGAAGACGAAUCCUUCAGCGUUGCCCGAUCCUCCACGCUUGAUUCCGGCGCUACAAAAUAAUGAAUUCGAAAUUGGUUCCAUUGAAGCUUUCAAAGCAAGGAAACAAUUAUAUCAAAGUUUACACCUCGUUCGAUCAUUCAUUUCUCGACAACACGCUGAAGAGGAAUGGAAACUUUUAUGGACGAAAAUAUUUGACCGAUUGGACAUCAUAUUUUUGUUUAUAUUUCAAUCAGGCAAUAUCAUCAUAGCCGCCAUGUUUAUGAGA